AGUCGGUGUAUGUUAUACCUGCCACCCGCUGUUGGAGGGCAGAGGGGGUAUCUGGGAGUUCCGUCUGCAAGUCAUCUUCCAACAUCUCACAAUGAAUGAGACCGCAGUUUCAUUCGCAAAGGAUUUCUUGGCUGGUGGAAUCUCCGCUGCCAUCUCCGAAACGGCGGUUGCUCCCAUCGAGAGAGUCAAGCUUCUCCUUCAGGUCCAACAUGCCAGCAAGCGGAUCACAAAAGAAAUGCAGUACAAGGGUAUCGUCGAUUGCAUUACCCGCAUUCCCAAGGAAGAGGGCUUCCUUGCCUUCUGGAGAGGUAACCUGGCCAAUGUCAUCCGAGCCUUUCCCUCCCAGGCCCUCAACUUCGCCUUCAAAGACAAGUACAAGAGUUUCUUCCUUGACGGUGUAGACAAGCGCAAGCGGUUCUGGAGGUACUUCGCUGGCAACCUGGCCUCUGGUGGCGCUGCAGGAGCCACCUCCCUUUGCUUCGUCUACCCUCUUGAUUUCACCAGAACCCGUCUGGGAGCUGAUGUCGGAAAGGCCAGAAUGAGAGAGUACAAUGGUCUAGCAGACUGCUUGGUGAAGACGUUCAGGUGUGACGGUCUGAGGGGUCUGUACCAGGGCUUCGCAGUGUCUGUACAAGGCAUCAUCAUCUACAGAGGUUCCUACUUCGGCAUGUAUGACACAGCUAAAGGAAUGUUGCCAGACCCCAAGAACACUUCCAUCUUAGUGAGCUGGGCAAUCGCUCAGUCUGUAACUACUGUGGCCGGCCUGACCGCCUACCCCUUUGACACCGUCCGUCGUCGUAUGAUGAUGCAGUCUGGCCAUAAAAGCGCUGAUAUCAUGUAUCUUGGGACCAUUGACUGCUGGAUGAAGAUUGCUCGUGAUGAGGGUGGAAAGGCCUUCUUCAAGGGAGGCUGGGCCAAUGUUCUCCGAGGCAUGGGUAGUGCCUUUGUGCUGGUUUUUUACGAUGAGCUCAAGAAAGUCCUCUAAAUUCCUUUUUUAAAACAUCACUGGCUAAGUGUAACACAAUUUUUCAUGCCUAUGGACUGCAUUCUGCCUUAUUUAUUUGAACCCUGCCUUCCUACAGUCUAUGGGUAGUGAUUAUGCGCCGGCCUCAGUUAGAUAAAAAGGGACCGCCUUGAAGCUAAACCAAAGGUUUACAAACUACAGGCCACUAAGUACACUGGUUUAAAUUAAGAUAUGGAUUUCUCACCAUUCCUGUAGAGUCUUAGUGGUCCCUUUGAUGACAUUUAGUGGACAUAAUUGCCCUAUCGCUAUGUUUUGACUACUGUGGUCCAUGUUUGCUGCCAUCUUGUGUGCUAUAAAAUGUGUGCCUCUCCAACUCUCACCAUUUUUCCCACUCAAGGCUAUAACUAAUUUGUAUUUUCUAAUACUUCUAACAUGGAACAAAGAUUUAAAAACGAAAGCCUUUUGACUGCAUGGCCUUCGUCAGGGAAUUAAAAAGAUCCAAUGAAGUCUUCUUUUGAACAAACCUAGCCAGUCCAAUUUUGAAUAUAAUCUAAAUUUGUUCACAUUCACAUUUUCUCCUGACACACAAAUGGACUAUAAAUACAUAACGUUACCAAUUAGUUUACCCUGACCAGAUUGACAGGGCGCAUAGGCUGUAUGCACCUGCUCUUAUUAGUAGCCUACAGUUGACCAGACGGGAAAAUUGUCCCGUUUUCAUCCCAUACAGCAUGUCAGAUUUCUAAUGUUUAGGUGUAGCCUAAGCUGCGGCAACAUUUAUGUCAUGAGUUUUUGCUUGUGUCUGUCCGGAGUGAUUAUGUGUCCUUUGCUAAAUAAAUACCAGAGGAAAGUGCAAAGCC